AAACUAAAGCAAGAUUCUUGAAAAAGACUAAAGCAAGAUUCUUGAAAAAGUAAUGGCGCAAUUCACUGCUCAAGGACGGUUGAAGGUGCCCUUCAAUGGGGUUGAAGCAAAAGAUUCACUGCAGUAUAAGCCUCUUGGGAACGUAUUUGGUGGUGGGUUGAGAUCAAAUCAAGUUCACAAACGGAGAAUCGGGUUUCUUGGAGCUAGUACUGGGGUUUACUCUUCUUUUUCCAACAAAUCCGGUAAGUUCGAUGUGAAGGUGGGUCCGACUGUGAGUGAUGAAGGGAUUCAUGAAGAAGAAGACGACUAUGACUGCGAGUUUGAUGUGGAUGAUUUUUCUUGUUUUAGAGGUCUGGUUCUGGAUAUCUCUUACAGGCCGAUCAAUGUUGUCUGCUGGAAGCGUGCUAUAUGUUUAGAGUUCACGGAGAAGGCUGAUGUUCUAGAAUAUUAUGAUCAGACUGUAAACUCCCCAAGUGGAUCCUUCUGUAUACCAGCCGUGUUAAGGGUAUGCAACUUGCAGACAAUCUAUCAUCCACUUGACUUGAACUCAUCCUUUCACUUCCAGGUUCCACAUCUACUGCAGGUUGUUAAGAGAAGAAGAAUCAAACACACUCUUAGUCGUAAAAAUAUACUAUAUCGGGACAAUUACACUUGUCAGUAUUGUUCUUCACGUGAGAAGUUGACUAUAGACCAUGUUCUGCCAGUUGCAAGAGGAGGGGAAUGGAAAUGGGAAAAUCUGGUUGCUGCUUGUGCCAGAUGCAACUCAAAGAAAGGGCAGAAAACUCUGGAGGAAGCAAAAAUGGAACUGCUAAAGGUUCCCAAGGCCCCAAAGGACUAUGAUAUUCUUGCCAUACCCUUAACAGAGGCAGCAAUAAGGAUGUUGAGGAUGAGAAAUGGGACGCCUGAAGAGUGGCGUCAAUAUCUAUCUCCUUCCUCAGAGCCUUGAAAUCCAACUAUAUAGGCCUUUACAUUCUAGGGUGUCAUAUAAUCUUCACAUAAAGUACUCACUCCUGAGUCCUAAAUCAGGAGUCCUGAUGCUCAGGCCUUCUAA